AUGUCUUCUGCCACCUUUACACAGACUAGAACAUUUGCACAGAACCUCGAGAAGCAGACAGAACAGCUUCUAAGCCGUCUUUCCAAGAUCCAAUCAGGAGGCGUCUCUGUGGAUCCUUCCGAGGAGGAGACCACCGUGACCAAUUCGAUUCUUGAGGUUCUUGAGAAGAGAGAAGAAGUAGUGGGAAGACUCAAUCGUCUUCUGGAGGCCGAUGUCAACAUGUCUACGUCGAAACUCCAACAGCUACAGAGACACAAGGAGGUGUUGGCGGACCACAAGGGCCUGUUCAACAAGAUCCAAGGCAGGAUCACCGAGGAGAGGAAUAGAAACAACUUGCUUUUCACCAUCAGAUCAGACCUUUCGGCCCACAAACAGCGGGAGAUACUGCUGGGACCAGACAGCGAGAACAACUACAUCUUGGACGAAAGAGCCAGGGUGGAUAACGCCAACUCCUUUGCUGAUAGGCUUCUUCAACAGGCGUAUGAAACAAGAGACGAGCUUUUCAGCCAGCGUGUGCAGUUGCAGAAUGCCGCCAACAGGGUUCUGGGGACUUUGCAGAAUAUUCCAGGCAUCAAUGUGUUGAUUUCGAAGAUCAAUACGAGGAGAAAGAGGGAUACACUCAUCAUGGGCUUUGUCAUUGCAUUCUGCAUCAUUGGUCUCUUUUUCCUUGCCUGA